GAGGAGGAGGAGGAGGAGGAGGAGGAGGAGGGGUGAUCUGCUGCUUCAUCCAGACCAGCCUGGCAGACGCUCUUCGUCCUUCAGUCGGAAUCCUGCUGCCGCAGCUCCAUCAUGGCUCUCAACGUGCCCGGCGUGGCCGUCAUGAUGUUCUUCUACCUGCUGGUCCUCGGGAUCGGCAUCUGGGCUUCCAUCAAGUCCAAAAAGGAAGCGAAGAAGGGGCAGGGGGAUAAGACGGAGAUGGCGCUUCUGGGCAAUCGAGGCAUCAACCUGGUGGUCGGCAUCUUCACCAUGACAGCCACAUGGGUUGGAGGUGGAUUCAUCGUGGGCACAGCUGAGGCAGUGUAUAACCCCUCCAUGGGACUCAUCUGGGCUGUAAUGCCGAUUGCAGCAACCAUGUGUUUCAUCAUUGGUGGCUUGUUCUUCGCCGAGCCCAUGAGAAACAAUAAAUACGUGACCAUGAUGGAUCCUUUCCAGAUCAAAUAUGGAAAAGUGCCGACGGCCGCUCUUUCGCUGGCUUCACUCAUAUCAGAGAUUAUGUGGGUGACUGGAACACUCAUAGGAUUAGGUGUAACCAUGAGUGUGAUCCUGGAUUUGUCCUACACUGUGAGCAUCUGGAUUUCUGCUGCUGUGGCCAUCACCUACACCCUGCUGGGGGGUCUCUACUCUGUGGCCUACACAGACAUCAUACAGCUCGUCCUCAUUUUCAUCAGCUUGUGGCUGUGCGUCCCCUUCUCCAUGAUGAGCCCUGCUGUGAUGGACAUCACCGAGACAGCGUACAACUACACAUUACAGCCUCCGUGGGUCGGCACUCUUGGGGCGGACAGAGCCUGGAGGUGGAUCGAUAACUUUCUACUUCUGGGUUUGGGAAACUUGGGUCUUCAGAACUUCCACCAGCGGACGCUGUCAGCCGCCUCCUCAGCUACAGCCAAGAUCACCUGCUUCGCCGCUGCGUUCAUCGUUCCCACGUUAGGCAUCCCUCCCAUACUCCUCGGUGCAGUGGCUGCAUCAACAAACUGGAACUUGACUUCUUAUGGUUCUCCGUCUCCAUUCGAACGUGGGGAGGCAGGGCUCAUCCUGCCCCUUGUCCUGCAGCACCUUACCCCGACCUACAUCUCCAUCAUCGGUAUUGGGGCAGUGGCGGCCGCUGUGAUGUCAUCCACUGACUCAGCGUUACUGUCUGCAGCCUCCAUCUUUACCGCAAACAUCUACAAGAACAUCCUGAGGCCACAGGCGUCGGAGCAGGAGAUCCAGUGGGUGAUCCGGGGCUCAGUGGUGGUGGUGGGCCUGGCCGGGACGUCCCUCACCUUCAUGGACAACAGCGUCCUGAUGAUCUGGUUGCUUCGCUCUGACCUCACCUACACGCUCAUGCUGCCGCAGCUCGUCUGCGUCCUCUUCUUCGACAUCUCCAAUGGUUACGGGGCCGUUCUGGGCUGCAUCACGGGCAUGCUGUUGCGGGUGCUGUGCGGGGAGCCGCUGCUCGGGAUACCGCCUGUUCUCCGAUUCCCAGGAUGCACUCUGGUAAACGGCGUUUACAUCCAGCACUCGCCAAUCAGGACCAUCUGCAUGCUGUCUGCUGUUGUGUCCAUCCUGUUGUUCUCCUACCUGGCGUCUGUUGUCUUCAGCAGAGGUCUGAUUCCUGAGAAAUGGGACAUUUUUGAUUUAAAAGCUCAGCAUUCGAUACAAACACAAGGUGGCGCCAAAUCCAAUAUUAGGGACGAGAAGUUAAAAGAACAAAACGAAAACAAUGAAGCGUGUGAACCUAUGUUAGAGUCAACAUUUUAAUCAAGAAAUAUGAUUUCAAAUACAUUUUUAUACAAUUUUCAUCUGUAUGGACUGGUUUAUUGGCAAAUGUAUGCAAUGUGUAAUGACUUACUUUUAUCGGUACAGUAUAUUUUGAAUUUUUGUAUACUUUUAUAGAGCAUGAAUUGAAGAGCUCUGCAUUUUUUUUUUUUUCCUGCAAUUUUUUUUUGCAGCAGUGACACCUCCAAGCAGCAUCCACUGAUUGUAAGACAAUCACGAACGUUUAGGGCGAACCCCGCUCGACCUCACCAGUCGCUUCACAUCUUUUAGGUGCAGGUUAACCGUAACUGUGCUGCUGUUCACUGAUUACCUUCUUCUCCGUGGAGAUCGAGGCCUUGUCAGAGCUUCUUUUUUUAUACACAAAGCAAUAUUUUACAGGAAGUCAUUGCAGGGAAUCCUUUGGUUGAAGUCAGGUCUUCUUGAUGCAGAGCUGCGCAGCUGUAUAACGUUGAAAUUUUGAUGUGGGCUUACUGUAACCCCCGAUAAGUUUGUCUCUCUAGAAUCCCUACACUGGAGAUAAUGAAUAAAAUAUUGAUUUUGGCUGAAAAGAUGAGCCAAAAAAAGGAUUUCCAAUAUUUUAGAGACCUCAUUUCCAAAGAUAUCCAUUAAAAAGGUACCCAUUCUUUUCUAUUUUGCUUGCAUAAUUAAACAGUUAAAGUGUUAAUACUGAAGUGGGAAAUAAUGAAGGCACUUCAUUUUGUGAGGACAGACCUAUAACACGGAUGAAUAUGUAUGCAAACUUGGAGCCUUUUCAUGUUUACAUGUACACACAACCAAACCUGACUACGAGCUUAUGAUGACAUACACACACACACACGUGACCGCCCGCUGUUAGAUAACACAGCACGUGUGCGGCAUGCCGGAGCCGUGACAGAUGUCCAGACUGUCCCCUGAUGUCUGCCUUGAUCUAAGUCAAGUAACAAUAUAUCAGUGUGGUAUUACGUGAGGUGACAUCUCGCUCCUGACUCCUGUCAGUGUGCCAGCAGCUCUGGUGGAACAAUCGUCCCACAGGACGAAGUAACACAGACUGUGAUAAAGGUCUUCUAUAAUAAGACUACACAAGCAGCUCUGUCAAAAGGACGCUGCUCCGGCUGCUUCCUGUGGUUGAUGAGGUUGAAGUUACCCCCUUGACCUUGAAAUUAUUUUUUUAUUAUUAUUAUUAUCCCAGUAAAGGCCUCGUGUUUCCCACAAGGUCAAGGUCAAAUGUCCUUCAUGAGCUUUGAAACAUUCUUCAUUUCGCACACAAGAAAAAUGUGACAUUACAGCUGCUAAAUGCACAAAUUCUUAAAGGACCAAUGUGUAGGAUUUAGUGGCUUCAAUGCUGAACCUGCUGAUUGCAGCCCCCUUGCAUCACCCUCUCCUUCCUGGCAUGAAGGAGAAACUACGGUGACCAGUGUGUGAAAGGCGUAAAUGCCCUAUCUAGAUCCAGUGUUUAGUUUGUCCCUUCUGGACUACUGUAGAAACAUCACAGCAUCUGUAGAUAUAAAAGGGUUAUGGUAACAAAACUAUAAAGAUUCCUAUUUUACAUGAUUAUACACUAAUGAAAACAGUCAUGAUUAUCGUAUUCUGUAAAUAAAGCACCCUGAAUCUGACACACUGGGCCUUUAAGUCUGACUAUUGUUGGGACUGGAUUCACCACACUGCCAAAGAAAGUUUUGUGUGACAAUACACAAAAGUAAAACCUGUAAAAGUUUCUCUCCUCCUGGAGAUCUGCUCUUGUAUUUGUUCUCUGAAUGUGAGCUAAAUAAAGACGAGUGUGCAGAAUUUCA